AUUAUACUUGCUGUCCAUGUGGAGGCCGGGGAGAAUAGGAUAACGGGAAGACGGUUGUAUUGAGUCUUUUGAGUGCCUGUCCUCCUCUGACUGGAGACUAUUGACGUUCCUCGAAGAUAGAGAGGGCUUCCCCGCUCGCCCACUGACAAUAAAAGAGGAACGAGAGAAGGAAGACGAGGAAAGAGUAAAAAUAAUCAUUUAAUUAAGGACCACUCUCCGCCCUACUACUAAACGAAUGAAAAGCUCUCGACGUAAGACAAAAGAGACAGCAAGCCCUCUGUAAAGCAAAGGAUACUAUCUAGCAUCUACUUAUAAGUAUCUGACCAAAAUGGCUGACAGUAACCUAAUGGAAGGUAAUGGAGGCCCAGAGAGUGUCUUUCGAUCUGUUGCUGAUGCCGAAGUGAGCCUUGACGAGAUGCUAAGUCUAGCCUGUAGACAAGGAAAACAAGAUAUAGUGGAGCUCCUCCUUGAAAGCGGAGCCAAAGUGAACUAUCGCAACAAAGCCGGGAACACGCCUCUUUUAGAAGCAUGCAGCCAAGGUCAUGUGAAUAUAGCCUGUCUAUUACUCGAACGAAAUGCUGAUAUUGAUGCCCCCACGGAGACCACGUCUGAUAGUGCCCUCACGUGGGCGUGUACCCUUGGGAAUGAGGAAAUUGUUCAGCUCCUCCUGGAGCACAAGGCCUCCAUUGAACAUCGUACGCGGGAUGGGUGUACCGCCCUCAUGUUUGCUGCGCUCGCCGGCCACGAGAAUGUCGCUCGGCUCCUCCUCGAUCACGGUGCCAAGCUAAACGUUGAGAGCGACAGCAACAAGGACAGUCCUUUGACGUUUGCCUGUUGGAAAGGACACCAAAGGGUCGUCGAGCUAUUCCUGGCCCACAAGGCUAACAUUGAACACCGCACUAAAGAAGGUUUUAGUCCACUUAUGUUUGCUGCGCUAGGCGGACACACUGAAGUAGCCCGGUUGUUAUUAGAGAAAAAGGCCGAAGUGAACAAUCCUAGCGGAAGUAAUAACGAUAUACCAUUGACGAGUGCCUGCUGGAAGGGGCACCAUGCUGUAGUUGAGCUUCUCUUACAGUAUAAUUCCAACAUUGAGCAUCACACGAAAGAUGGCUGUACUCCAUUAAUGCUAGCAGCUAGGGAGGGACAUUUAUCAGUUGCCCAGCUGCUACUCAAUCACAAUGCUAAGGUCAACGUGCCCUCUGGCAGUGAGAACAAUAUACCACUGACACUGGCUUGCUGGAAAGGUCACAGGGAUGUCGUGGAGCUACUACUACAAUAUAACUCCAACAUUGAGCACCAGAACAAAGCUGGGUGUACCCCUUUGAUGCUAGCUGCCAGAGAGGGUCACUUUGAAGCUACCGAUUUAUUACUUGACUGUCACGCCCAACUCAACGUGCCCUCCGGCAGCAACGAUGACACUCCCCUCACUCUCGCUUGUUGGAAAGGACACGAGGGUGUGGUCGGACUCCUACUGGAGAAACAAUCCUCCAUUAACCACCAAACGAAGACUGGGUGCACUCCCCUAAUGGAAGCAACCAGGGAAGGACAUGUAGGCGUGGCUAGAAUGUUACUAGAAGCUGGAGCUGAUGUAGAGACUCCUGAUAAUUAUGGACAGACACCGUUCUUCAUGGCCUGCUGGAAAGGACAUGCUGAAGUUGCUAGCCUGUUGCUUGAAUACGGAGCAAAUAAAGACUGUAGGACCAAGACUGGCAUUACUCCUUUCUUUCAGGCUUGCAGGGAGAAUCACGUUGAAGUUGUGAAACUGCUCCUGGACUAUGGGUGUAAUCCUAGCUCACCUUUCCCUAACAGCAGGGAGUGUCCAUUGACAUUGGCAGCUGAGAAAGGAUUCACUGAACUAACUCAAGUCCUCAUAUCAAGGAAUGCUAACAUGGAGUGUCGGACUAAGAAAGGUUGUACUCCAUUCUACCUCACCUGUAAGGAAGGAUAUCAAGGGAUUGCUGUCAUGCUAGUGAAGCACGGGGCCAAUACUGAAGCAACCGACCAGCGUGGGAUAACACCUCUACUGGCUGCUUUUAGAAACGGACAUGUGGAGGUUGUUGAUUGGCUAUUGGGUCAUGUUGCUCACCUACCCAGUGACUUGGAUUGUCAGAAAGCUCUUUUGGCUCCUAAACUAACCGACAAGGAGGUCUUCCCCAAUCGCUCAAAAUGUCUUGAACUCAUUAUGAAGGCUAAAAAGGCCAGAGAACAGGCAGCACUGAAGAAUGCCCAGAGCUUGUUUGAGGAGUUGGACGCUGAGAAAGAGAAGGAGGAGACCAAGAGGAAGGCAGCUGCUAGGAGACGACACAAGAGAAAGGAAAAGAAGAAAAACAAACAGUUUGAGAAGAAUGCAGAACCCGAUAUCGAUCCCAAAGAAUUCGAAGACGAGGAGGAAGAGGAUUUCACUGCUAGACCGUCUCUACUCCAACCGCCAUCAGUUGAGACGACUUUAGAACGAGAAGAAGCUCCUCCCAUUUCACCCACGCCCACUCGAAAACUAAGCAAGAAAAGAGGAAAGAAAAACCAGGGGAGCGAUAGCGGACUGGCCACGCCUACUCUAGGCUCGACAACAUCAGUCACACGCACAAGUCUCCAGACCCCGGCGACCUCUUCCCAUGGCCAGUGUACCGACAGCUGGGGGGAGGAGGAGGAGUCUGGGGACGAUGAAAUGUUUGUGGACGCACCUUCUGAAUUCAUUCCGGACGGUGGCAGAGGAGGAAGUUCCAAUCCUGCCCCCUCGUCUCCUAAGAAUUGUAACGGGUCAAGUGACGGGUAUCGGAAGGUUGGAGGUGGGAGUGGUAGAUCAACAAGAGAUCAGAAGGUGGAGUCAUCAAGCGAUGCUAGACCUGUCUGCUCUCUGCUACCUCGCUCGAAUAAAAAUGGAAAAAGAAGUAAAUCAUUAAAAGACGAAGUGAAAGGAGGAGGAGGAGGGGGUGGGGUGAAGCGUAGUGGGAGUCAGAAAGUGACAAAGUCCGAGGGUAAUGGAGGAGGAGGGGAUUUAUCUGUUUCUUCGUCAAAUGAUGGGACAGCAGGAGCAACUGUUCAACUACCACCGACCAGAUCACCAAGAGAAAAGAAAAAGAAGACCGGAGGAGGAGGAGGAGGGAAGAAAUCUCCUGAUCCUCCUCCUACCACUACCGCUAAUAAUAAUAAUAAUGAUAAGAAAAGAUCUGAGUCUGCCUGGAGAGAGAGUCCUGUGCUAGUGAGAGAUGAAGAUGAUUGGGACAACAACCUCUUGGAACCGUCACUGGACUGGAGCAAUGAUAACAACCAGCAACCAUUCAUUCCUAAUACCUGUAGUAAAGUCAAUCGGACAAAGUCGUGGUCUAGCGUCACCACGGCGACGCCCUCCGUAUCCUUGGCAACCAACUCAGUCCCGCCCAGUUCAGCGGCCAACAGCAGCAGUGGGGGUAGUAAUAGCAAUAGUAAGAAUUGGCAAGAGGUUUCUCGUGCUAUAAAGACUCAUCAGUUGACUGUGUCUAAUUCAUUGGUGGGGAGGAUAAUUGGUUUGAAAGGAGCCAAAAUUAAUCAAAUACAAAGUGAUUCAGGUGCUCAGAUCAGCAUAUCAAGAGCUAUCCCCAGAUCAGUUGAGAGAUUAGUAACGAUCAAAGGAACUGAGAGAUCAGUCGUCACUGCCCGUGAGAUGAUUGAGGAAGCACUCUCUACCUCAAACAGAGACAGUGAUGAUUUAUCCCUACCCAAUCAAUCAUCCACUCCUUCUCUUUCCUCGCCUCUCGUUCAAAACCCAGCACCACCACCUCUUCAAUCCGCCCCUCCUCUUUUAGCCACACCUCCACAGAUUACCAGUUCUUCUGCAGUGAGUGUGUCUAACCCUUGGGGUCAGCCAUCUUUAUCAACGACCAGCAGCAAUACAACGAUAUCUACUGGUGUUAGUAGUAACACUACUAGUACCACUACUACUGUAUGGGGUCAAAAGAGUAUAAAGAGAUACUCAGAUGUGGUCCCUCCUACCAGUUCCUCCUUACAAUCAAGUUCUACGUCAGAUAAUAAUACCGAAACCGAGACUCCGCCCAUAUCUGCCUCGGUUUCUGCUAGGAAGCUUUCUCUUCCAGCCAGUAUUCCCUCGUCUUCUGCUCCUCCCCCCACGUCACUGGUUGCUCCCCUUCCAACGACAGCUUCUCAAUCGAAAAGUGCCACUUCUCUUACAAAAGAGACUCCAGCUCCUGAACCAGUUGUUGUUGUAACAGCUAGGACCGGUUCAAUCCCUAAUAGUUUCUUAAGUAUCGUCCAAGAGGAGGAGGAGAGUGAGGAGGCAUUGAAGCUCAAACGAUCCAAUUCAGAACCCACUAAUUCCGUUUCUUUCAUCAACCCAUCUUUAAGCGAUGUCGUAAGCUCCGCCUCUUCCUCCUCAACAAAGCCCACGCCUCAGUCACUCCAUCCGUCUCAGAAAUUUUCUCCGUCCAUGUCUCCGAUUUUGUCCCCUUCCACCCCUCCCCCCGUCUCUCCCCUUUCCUCCGUUAAAGUAUCGACUGCUCCAGUUUCCUCAGUUCCACCUGAGGCCCCUCAGUCUCCCGAGCCUAAGGCUGUUCUCACUGUAGCAAUGACACCCUCUACUGUUGGGGUUACACGAGCUAACAGGAUGGUGGGUGUGGUCACGCCCACUCAAACUGUAAAGCCUUAUCAACAUGAGACCACACCCACUCAGACACUUCCAUCUUCGUCCACCAUUACAGUCACACCCUCUUCUGGUAGUCAUGGCAACUUUGGGGCCAUUGGUCCGCCAAACAGACGAAACAGUUUACCAGUCUCGCCUCACUUGAAUAAUCAUUAUGACUCCAACGACUUUAAUAAUAUCAGGAAAUUCUCUUAUGCCGGGAUACCAAUGGUUCCGCCAGUGGGUGGGUCACUGGGUGUGGUCCACGAGUCCUUUCCCAUCGUUCAAAGAGAUUAUAACUGGCCUCCUCCUCCUCCAAUGUUAAAUGGGCCCCUCCCACCAGCUCCUCCUCCCCCUCACCACCCUCCCCCUCCCCCUCAUGCUCACCCUCCUAAUCCGUCCUACGUUCCUCCUAACCACAUCGACUGGACGGGAGGAGGAGGAGGAGGGAACUUCUUAGAGCAGCAGGAGAGGGCCAGGAGUCAAAGCUGGGCUGGCCUGCCUCCUGGUAAUUUUGCUCUCCCUGGAGGGACUCACGAUUUCCCCCUUCCAAGUGGAACGGGCGGGGCUAACAGGUCGUAUUUUGAUGGUAACGAUCACAUGAGCCAUGGUCCCCCUCCCCCUCAGCACUCCCCCGGCUGGGGAGCUAAAUCCUUUCAUCCUCACCAUCACCAGCCACCACCUCCUCCUCCCCCUCCUCAUCGCUCUCACUCGUAUCAGUUCCGCCCACCACCAUCAUAUGUACCGCACCCAUUACGAUCCACCACCGGUAGCUACAGCAACCCUGGGGGUAAUUAUUACGAACACGGUAACGGAUUGCAGACUGAUCCUUACCACAACUGGGCCCCUACUCCCUUGCCUGCCUACCACCAGUCACACAAGAGCCAGCAGGGUGGUAGUGAGCCGAUAUCUUUAAAACAAGUCCUCGGGGAGAAACUUGAACAAGAGAUCUUUCCUGGAGAAGGCGGGAGUGCUGGGCUGAGCUCGGCUGAUUUCUCAAGUAAAGAUGAUUCCUGCUCUCCUUCUAAGAGAUGGUCUGUCUCUUCUUUUCCUCCUCAAGUAUCUUCUGCUCUGCCUCCUCCUAUUUCAAACGGGACCUCUUCUUCGUCCGGUUGGGGACCAGGAGGAGGAGGAGGAGGGGGACAUCCCUCGGCUCGUCAUUCUGUGACUGUCUCUCCGUUUCAAGAUGGCGGCGACAGCGUCAUUUCUGAUCUGACCUCUUCCUGGCCGACCGGAAUUUGGUCUUCUCCGGUUCCCACGUCUCGUCAGCCUCAGUCUCCUUUUUCUCCGUCUUCAUCUCUUCCUGUUCGACCCCCUGAGGAUGGGUGGGGAGUGGGCGGGGCUGGAGCUCAGUCUGAUCUCGUUGAACUCAUGAAGAGUCUUGAUAUAGCUGAACACAUUCCUGCUCUUAAGAACCGUAAGCUUAGCUUGGAGCAGCUCUGCAAUCUCAGUGAAGAAGGUUGGAGGGAACUGAACCUUCCUGUCGGCCCCAGGGUCAAGCUGAUGAAUGCCAUCACUCACAACAAGCCGCUUGAAGCCAAAGGAAUAGGAGGUGUGGUAGAAAAGGAUUUAUCCUCUUCAGUGCCUACUUCUUACGUUAAGUGACUUCUUAAUUUAUUAACUGUUGCUCUCACCACCUGCUGAUUCUAUCAAGUUAUUAUUAUUAUUAUUGUUAUUAUUAUUGGAUAGUGUAUUUAAUCUAAAAUAGCUCAUUAUUAUUAUUAUUAUUAUUACCCAUUUAUUGUGUUUAUUACUAACCUUUUGCUCCUUUUUCGAUAUCGAUCAUCAAUGACAUUCGAAACUUUAUUGAUCUUUCUUCUUCCCCCCUCAUUCUCUGAUCAUUGCUCUAUUCUUAUUAUUAUUCAGCUAAGUUUUGUACACUUAAAACAUUAUUUAAGCCACAUUAUUGUUAUUAUUAUUAUUUAAAAA